CGCACCCCAAGCUGGGGCUCCUCGGGUCCACUUCUCCCCUCACACCUGGGACAAGACUUCCUUUCUGUUUUGUUAGCGGUAUUUUUUUCCCUCACGUGACGCGCGGGGCGGGCCCCCGCCUGGGGCGGAGGUUACUGGGAAACUCCCGCCCUUCGACCCCUGCGGGGCUUGGAUUGUGGGGGACCCUCCUGAGGCCCUUUUGCCCUCCCAGGGCCUGCGUACCUGCUGUGGGCCCUCGCUCCAAAUACACCCUGCGAAGGGGACGUUCUUUUUACGGGUUCCAACAGGUACUGAGCGGGUCCGUGGCGACCCGGGGGUACGGGACUGGGAGCCUCCGAGGCCAUCCCGAGACCGCCACCACGGGGCUGCGGGCGAUUUCCGGGCCGUGGGCCUUUGGAGUGAAUCUGCUCCGCUGCCCCGGAGCCCGGGGCUGUUGCCUGGGAGUGAGCAGCCUACACGGCAGGAUGGACUUCCUGGUUUUCUAGGGAGGCCCUCGGAAAACCUGAAGUCCGAGUAUUGAAGUUUUCCCUAUCGGGAAAGCCGCCUCGCACAGUUGAGUCAGGGAAGAAUCCCAAGAUUUGGCGGCUGAUGUCCCUGGGGGCGGAGUCUCAGGGCUUCCACUUGCUGGACCUGCGAUCGUUUGUAGCCGGUUUACCGCGGCUUCCCAAUGUGAAAAAUGGAGAUAAUAGUCUUUGGCCUCUCUGCCUUCCAGUCUUGUGGGCUUGAGCAGAAGUGAUAGAUGUGAGAAAGCAUGUUUCAGUGACAACCUUCUUAUCCUGUCUUAAGUCCAGAUUGAGGUGGUGCCAUGCAGCAAGAAGCAGCAAGAUGCCGAGUUCGAGCCAGAAGGCCUGACAUGGCACUUUAUGUACCUAAAGCUCGGAGGGGUGUAGGACUUCUGAAGACAGGUGAUGAGGAAAAAAGCUGUGUUCCACCUAACUGCAUGGUGAAAGAGCAACAAAAAGAAGAUUGUCUCUCCCAACAGGACAAACCUGAGGCUCAAAGACUAAGUAUUAAUUCUGAUAAAAAAGAGUACAAUCGUAGGGAAGGAAAGAAAUCUUCAACAAAAUUAAGAAAAGACACGUGCCUUCAAGAAAGAAAUAAAGAUCGGGUGUGUACUAAGAAGGGAGCCACAGAAACCAAAGAAAUAAUAUCCCAAGGACAUCAGCAAGGAGUCCUAAAUCCUGAGGUUAUACCUAAUGUACCUUUACAAAGACAUUUUAAACCAAAGAAGGUGGAGUGUUUAGAAGUUGAAACCACAGCUGUGACAGGACAUGAGAAGUUGCUUCCAGCUCAGUCUUGUUCAGAAAUCAGUGAGGCUCAGGUUCUAAACAAACCAUUCCAACAUGUGGAAUUCUGUGAUUUAAGUAGGCACGAACUAAGUGGGGAAACAUUUGAAGACAAAGAUUUGGAAAGCAGAGUUGAAACUGCUGCCAAAGUUGUAGAGAUACGAUCCCAGCUUCCUGGAGUUUUUAGUUCUAUUUUGAAACUUGAGAGUGUGAUUGCACCAGUAAAGCUAAGCUCUGAUUCUGGGCUUGUACAACAAGGCACGCAGACGUCAGGUGGAAUGUUGACGCUCAGCAGUGGAGGCAUCACCACUCUUCCUGGUUCUGGAAGUCCAGAUGGUGUCACUGAUCAAACUUGUGUAGACUUUGAAGCUGAGAAUGGUGGUGACACAGCCAACAGUACAGAUGUCAUCUUGGAUCAGAAAGGUAUAGAUUCCAUUCCUGAGAAAAUGGGUCACAGCUCUCAUAAAAUGACUAUAGUCAACAAAUUAGAGAGCAUAAGUGACAUUUUUGAUCCAACAAUGAUUAGAGAAUUUGAGGAGAAUGACAGCACUGCUGGUGAGUUAUGUGUAAAGUAUGAACCUUCGGAUACAGCUGUCCUUGUUCAUGAAACAGAUACAGGUAAUGGGUCUAAGAGUAGAGGUGACAUUACAAAUAAGGCAUGUAUGAUGGACAUUACAGAUGCUGUGUCUGAUCAAGUCACUGUAGGCAGCCCUUGUGUAGUUGCAGUUAGAACAGCUGAUGAGACCUGUAGCAACACCAGUAGUUUCUCAAAAUACUUAGAAAUGAGUGGAGAUACAGGCCAUCUUCACGCAGCUAGAAGUACAAAUGACGCUGAAAAUGUCAGCAACCUGACUGCUUGCUCAGAUGUUUAUGCUGAAAGUGUUCAGUCUAGUUUCAUGGAGUCCACAGGAAAGUUGAUAGAGAGCUUCUCAGAUUGUGCUUCCUCCUCACCUAUAAAGAAGAUUGCUGGUAGUAAUUGUAACACUUUCUUGGACUCUGAACUCAGUAUGUUAAAUGGGACCAAAGUACUUUCGGAUGGUGCAUUGGGCAAUGAUCUAGAUUGUAUUGGUGAUAUAACAGACACAUUGCAUGAACUGAAAACUGCUGAAGAGUUCAAAACGAAAGAGGAAGAUGAUUCAGGGAAUAUAGAAUUUGGUAUAUCCUUUCCUGAUACAGAAUCGGUAUCUAUGGAGACAUCCAUGGAACUGAAAGCAACUGAAACUUCUCACAUGGAGGGAAGUGCUGCCCCUGAGGAGAGCUGGGAGUCCAUGUUUAAUGAUGACGGUGAUUGCCUGGACCCACGUCUUCUGCAGGAGUUAUCCGGGAAUAUGAAGAAUAGAAAAAGCAUCCAGGAACCUAGAUUUGAUUAUUACAACAAUGAAGUUCCUGAUAUUGACCUCAGUGAUUGUGAAUUCCCACAUGUCAUUGAAAUUUAUGACUUCCCCCAAGAAUUUCGCACUGAAGACCUCCUACGGGUUUUCUGCAGUUAUCAGAAGAAAGGAUUUGAUAUUAAGUGGGUGGAUGAUACACAUGCCCUAGGAGUCUUCUCCAGUCCAAUUACAGCUCGUGAUGCUCUGGGUAGUAAACAUACCAUGGUGAAGAUCCGGCCCUUGUCACAGGCCACAAGAGCAGCCAAGGCCAAAGCUAGAGCUUAUGCUGAAUUCCUCCAGCCAGCAAAGGAGCGUCCUGAGACUUCAGCAGCCCUAGCCAGAAGGCUAGUCAUCAGUGCCCUUGGUGUUCGAAGUAAGCAGAGCAAAACUGAACGGGAAGCAGAGCUCAAGAAAUUGCAAGAAGCCCGAGAGAGAAAACGGUUGGAAGCCAAGCAACGAGAAGACAUCUGGGAAGGCAGAGACCAAUCUGCAGUUUGAACGUCACUCAAUGAAAGAGAUAAUUCCGUGAAUUCAGAAAACAUUUCCAUCGUCUUCAGAUAAGAGGAUUCUUCCAGAGCUCUACACAUGCAGAUGUGCGUGUUAAUGAAAGAAAGAGAUAAUGCGAUCAAGAGAAGGACAACUGGUACAGAAAGAAGACAGACUCCUGUCUGUGUUCAUUGCUAAACGCAGUUCUUUGGAAUCGCUGUACUGUGUCAGGCAUAGAAGGGAGCCAUGAGCUAGGAAGAAACUUGGAAAAUGUGACUUCAGGAGUCCUCUGGACAGGGCACGUCAUGUUAGCAUGGGUCACACUUCCAGGAUGUUUUAAGCAAAUACAAAACAGAGGAUUCAAACCUGCGAUGAUGGGAGAUUUAUGCCCUGCAAAACCAGGGUGUUCCUUAGUACCUCAUAAAGCUGAAAACCGCAAUGUUGAGGGAGAGGGGAGGGAGCAGUUAGUACAGAGACGGAACAGCGUCUGAUGUAUUUGGUAUUCACAGAAUCGACACUGCAGUCCCAGAACUCCAAAAUUGGUGAACUGCAGCAGAUGCGGGUGUUUGGACUCCAGAGUUUGUACUGAGCUGAGUGCCUGGGGCUGCUCCAGCUGCACAGCAGCCAGGGGCCUGCUAGCUUCAUUCCUCGUGGGAAGCCAGUUCUGGGAGCUGUAUACCAGUUCCAGUUUCAGCAGUACUAUCACGUUGUAAGAGGGAGACAUUAAAGCCCAUUUUAUGACA